CGCGCCGCGUGACCUCGGCGCUCCGCAGCCAUUAUCCCGAUUAUCCCGAUUAUCCCGCGCCAGCCGACGGAACGGGACGGGAACGAGCGGUCGCCGUCACCGCCCUGACGCGGGCCCCCGCUUCCCGCGGCAGCCGGACCGAGCCGGUGCCGUUCCUCCCCGCGCCCCAGGAAGCGAAGACAAAAUCUGACAUGGUCCGAUACACUACUGUGCUCCUUCGGAGACUCAUGCUUGCUGAUGAUGAGAAGUAAAAACUUAAUCUUAAUAAAGCAUAUGUUUUGUAGAAAUUGGAAAUAUCUUGGUCACUACUAGUGAAUGGACUCAGUAUUGCUGAAAGCGCAAAUACGGAGUUUUGAAAUAAUUUCUUCAUUGAUAUCAACUAACAGUUUGAGCUGGGCAAUUUCAAAAGAAAAUGGUAAUGGGUCAAAGGUUUUAUUAAUUAAAUUGGGGAUUUUUAGCCACUGAUCCGAAAAGAAAAGGAAAAGGAGUAGAUCUACUAGCAAAAAUGGGUCGAUCUAAUUCUAGAUCACAUUCGUCAAGAUCGAAGUCCAGAUCUCAGUCCAGCUCUAGGUCAAGGUCCAGAUCACAUUCAAGAAAAAAGAGAUAUAGCUCCAGGUCUCGGUCAAGGACGUAUUCCCGAUCUCGGAGCAGAGAUCGUGUUUAUUCUAGAGAUUAUCGCAGAGAUUACAGGAAUAAUAGAGGAAUGAGGCGUCCCUAUGGCUACAGAGGAAGAGGCAGAGGGUAUUACCAAGGAGGAGGCGGUAGAUACCAUCGAGGAGGCUACAGGCCUGUGUGGAACCGAAGACACUCCAGAAGCCCUCGGCGCGGCCGCUCCCGUUCCAGAAGUCCAAAACGAAGGUCGGUGUCUUCCCAGAGGUCCCGGAGCAGGUCUCGUCGAUCUUACAGAUCUUCCCGGUCCCCGAGGUCCUCUUCAUCUCGUUCUUCAUCCCCAUACAGCAAAUCACCCGUCUCUUCCAAAAGACGUGCAUCUCUGGAAAAGCAGGCCAAGAAAACUGAAGGGGCUCCUUUGCAAGACAGUCCCAUGAAAAAUAAAUCACAAGAUGAACAGAAAGAUACAUUUGAACACGACCCAUCGGAGUCUCUUGACGAUUUUAACAAAUCAUCAGCAGCUUCUGGCGACAUUUGGCCUGGCCUUUCAGCGUAUGAUAACAGUCCAAGGUCACCCCAUAGUCCUUCUAUUGCCACCCCACCUAGUCAGAGUUCAUCUUGCUCUGAUGCCCCUCUGCUUAGCACAGCCCACUCAGCAAAGGACACACCUCAGCAUUCCCAUUCCAUUCAGCAUAGUCCUGAGAGAUCUGGCUCUGGUUCUCUUGGAAAUGGUUCUAGCCGCUAUAGUCCUUCUCAGAAUAGCCCAUUGCAUCAUAUCCCUUCGAGGAGAAGCCCUGCAAAGACAAUCCCAUCACAGUGUGCCCCCCGUGAGGAGGCUCGAGUGCGGUCAUUUUAUCCUGAGGGUGGUGAACAGGAAACUGCAAAAGGUGGAAAGUUUAUGAAAAGGUACACAGAUGAAGAGUCUAGAGUAUACCUGCUUGAUAGGGGUAAUACCAGGGAGAAGGAGGCCCAGAAGGAGAGAGGAUCAGAAAAAGGGAGGACAGAGGGAGAAAGGGAAUGGGAGGAACAGGAAACUUUAGAUUUUUUCGUUGAUAAAGAGACUGGGAAGGAAAAGUUUAAUGACUCUGAAGGGGAGGACACAGAGGAGACAGAGGAUUACAGACAGUUCAGAAAAUCUGUCCUGGCAGAUCAGGGUAAAAAUUUUCCUACUGCAUCUCACCGGAAUGCUGAGGAGGAAGGAACCAAAUACAAAUCUAAAAUAUCAAUCAAGGGCAAUAGAGAGAGCGAUGGAUUUAGAGAUGAGAAAAGUUAUAAGCUUAAAGAGACUGGCUAUGUAGUGGAAAGGCCUAGUGCAACAAAAGAUAAGCACAAGGAAGAAGACAAGAGUUCUGAGAGACUAAUGAUGAAGAAAGAAACUCAGUCACCUGAGCAGGUAAAGUCUGAAAAGCUCAAAGAACUCUUUGAUUACAGUCCUCCUCUACACAAGAAUCUGGAUGCGAGAGAAAAAUCCACCUUCAGAGAGGAGAGCCCACUUAGGAUCAAAAUGAUAGCCAGUGACUCCCAUCGUCCUGAAGUUAAACUCAAAAUGGCACCAGUACCUCUUGAUGAUUCCAAUAGACCUGCUUCCUUGACUAAAGACAGGCUGCUUGCUAGCACACUUGUCCAUUCCGUCAAGAAGGAGCAAGAGUUCCGAUCCAUCUUUGACCACAUUAAGUUGCCACAGGCCAGCAAAAGCACAUCAGAGUCAUUUAUUCAGCACAUUGUGUCCUUGGUUCACCAUGUCAAAGAGCAAUACUUCAAGUCGGCUGGAAUGACCCUAAAUGAGAGGUUCACUGCGUAUCAAAAAGCAACUGAGGAGCACUGCACCCGACAAAAGAGCCCAGAAAUACAUAGGAGGAUUGACAUCUCUCCAAGUACCCUGAGGAAGCAUACCCGUUUAACAGGUGAAGAGAGAGUCUUUAAAGAAGAAAGUCAAAAAGGAGAUAAAAAAUUGAGAUGUGAUUCUGCUGAUCUUCGGCAUGACAUUGACCGACGUAGAAAAGAACGAAGUAAGGAGCGAGGAGACUCAAAGGGUUCCAGGGAAUCCAGUGGGUCAAGAAAGCAAGAGAAAACUCCAAAAGAUUACAAGGAUUACAAAUCUUACAAAGAUGACAGUAAACAAAAAAGAGACCAAGACCGUGCUCGGUCCUCCCCAUCUUCCUCCCCAUCUUCUUCCUCAUCCAGUUCUCGAGAAGAAAAGGAUUGCAAGAAGGAAAGAGAUGAAGAGUUCAAAACCCACCACGAACAGAAAGAAUACUCUGGUUUUGCAGGAGUCAACAGGCCAAGAGGCACCUUUUUUCGAAUUAGGGGCAGAGGAAGAGCCAGAGGAGUCUUUGCUGGAACAAAUACUGGUCCCAGCAACUCAAAUACUACUUUUCAGAAGAGACCGAAGGAAGAGGAAUGGGAUCCUGAAUAUACCCCAAAAAGCAAGAAAUACUUCUUGCAUGAUGACAGAGAUGAUGGUGUGGAUUAUUGGGCCAAAAGAGGAAGAGGCCGUGGUACUUUCCAGCGUGGCAGAGGGCGUUUUAACUUCAAAAAGUCAGGUAGCAGUCCCAAGUGGACACAUGACAAAUAUCAAGGGGACGGCAUUGUGGAAGAUGAGGAAGAAACAAUUGAGAACAAUGAAGAAAAGGACAGACGCAAAGAGGAAAAGGAAUAACCCGGAAGAAAGUUGUAGCUGAAAGAGCAGCUCUUGCACCACCCACACAACAUUUUUAAUAUGUUUUUUUGUUGUCAAAUGAAUGUAAGCAUUUUACUUAAAUUUUACUGUUGGAAAGUAGUUUAGAGAGAUUGUUUUCGUUUUAAGCCUUUAGAAAAAAAUCAUGAUAUAGUAAACUAUGUUAAUGAUCGUACAGGUAGAAAGUAAAAUAUUUGUAACAACUUUUAAGAAAUUUUACUGUUUGUUAUAUGCAGUGUAAUUCUGCUUUGUCCAAAUAUAUGGUCAAGUACAACUCUAAAAGUUUUGAUUCUCCCCUAUGUCUGUGUUUUAUUCUGAAGUAAACUUACAGCUCUGCACACCUAAAA